AUUGACAAAUUAAAUUGGGAUGGCGGUUUGAAUCAAACUGUUGAAAAUAAAUACCGUGGUUUAAUUAUUGUUUUGAAUGCUGUAUUAGAAAAACUUAAAAAUGAAUAGGCGUUCAAAGCGGACCAACAAAAAGAAAGCAAUUCCUUUAUACUUUCAAAAAAGUCAUUCUAAUUCACAGUUUUUAAUUACAGCUAACUAUAAACACCAAAUUAAGCUGUUAAAGAAAACAAACAAAGAACUUGCAUCUUCACUUCAAGACAUUAGAUGCAGAGCAGCUGACCAAGAAAGGGCAUUGGCAGAAUGUAAUCGAGAAAAUACUCAGAUGAUGUUUGUGAAGAUGAAGAUAAAAGAUAUAGUGGAAACUGUUCAAAAACUUGUAACUGACCUUGGAGAAGUUUAUGAUGUAAUAGAUGGGAAAUCUUUUGAUUUUCUCAAAAACUGUAGUGCCUCUCACCAAGAAGCUCGGCUUCAAAUUCGUAAUCCAAGUAUAAGUACAAUUGAAGAGUCUGCUUCCUCAUCCAUUAUAGAACAAGAUUUAAAUAAAGAAGAAAAUCUUUGCAUUGAGAGUUCUACUAUACCUCCAAGAAACAAUUUGCCUUCUGUAACACCAUCAUUUUUUGAUGCCGAUAGCUCUCGGACUGAAAUUUAUAAUGUUCCUCUAGUUUUAGCUUCAGAACAGAAAUUACAAAAUGUUUCAAAUGAAAACCAGAGUGCAGUUACAAGAUCAAGUAAGUCUUUGGAACGUACUGGCUCUACCCCUCUUGACCCAGAUUCACCACCUACUCCUCAACCACCAGUUUUGCCUCCUAAUUUUCAGUUAUCCAUUGAAUCCCGAAGUUUAUUAGAUCUUUCUAAGUUAAAGCCUAUCACUACAACUGAAUCAAAAAAAUCAGCAGAUUUUCUUAAACCUCAGCUUAUUACUUCUCCAUUUGCCAUAAAAAAUGCAGGGAAAUCAACAAUUUCAAAAAUUCCUGUAAAGAAACCCACUGCUUCUAUUAAUAGUGACUCUCCCCAGUUGUCCAUUCCUUCAGAUCAUAUGAAUCGAAGAAAAACUUUUGUGGUUGAAGAAAAAGAUGAAGAGCCUCAAAGAUCUCUUCCACCUUCUGACCGAAGAGGUACAUUUGUAUUGAAAUCAUCAGCUGAUAAUGCAAAAUCAGAUAUAAUUUCUGAUCGAAGGGGUACAUUUGUAUUGAAUACAUUGGCUGAUAAUACUAAAUCAGAAGAAAUUUUUGACCGCAGAGCAACUUAUUUUAUUCCCUCUCAGCCUGAGGAACAGCCUGAUUCUUCUCCUCCAAAAGCUGUUGAAAAUCAUAUUCCUGUUCAGAAUGCUGCACCCAAUCAAACCAUUUUGCUCUGUGAAGAUAUGGAGCUUACAGAAAUUAUACCUAUUCAAAAUCAAUCUCAUCAAUUCAUUCCAUCAGUACCACUGUGGAAUGAAAAGCUGGAAACUAAACAAACUGGUUUAAGUGGUCUUAAAUUUUCUGCUUCUGUUAGCAAUCAGAUUUCAUGUGCCAAUUCACUUGUUAAACAGUUUCCAGCUUCUAAUAUUAAUUCUUCAAAGCAAUUUGAAAUUAGUACAACACAUGAAUUUGCCAAAGAGGCCAAAGAUCAGAAUGCUGUGAGUGUAAAAAAAAAUGAAGAUAAUAAAUCAUUAGUUUCUUUUGUUGUACCGAAAACAGAGCUGUUGACUAAAGUAACAGCUCCUGCUCAAGAUGUGAAUUCUACAGAUUCACAGCAGAAAAGAAACAAAGAAAAGGAUGUUAUUAAAAAAAUAUCAAACAAGGAGAUAAAUACAAAUAUCAAAUGUCCUGCAAAAGAACUACCAUCACCGAUUGCUACUUUUGUUAAACCGGAUAUGUCAAUACAGGAGAAAAUUUUCCAUAGUAUUUCAGGCAUAAAUGCUGUAUCAGACAAAAAUAAACAAGCUCUUGAUACCAUACAUCUUACUGAAGAUGAUCGCAAGAAGUCAACUGCUUUGAAAAGAUCGUUAUCUAAGAACCAAUUUACAGUUGAAAAAAUAAUGGUGAAUGAGGUUGUUGAAUCACUCGAAACUGGUAGAAAAUCUAGCAGAAAGCAGAAUAUAUGUUAUGAUCAAUUUUUUUCGGAUUCUGAAGAAUCUGAUGCUGAUUUUGAUAUAGAUUUUAUGGCAGAGAAACGAUUUUCACUUAAACCAGGACGAAAAAUAAUCAAUCCAAAUAAUAAUAAGGUUUUUGUAUUUAAAAAGAAUUUAACUAACCAAUGCACUGACAAUGACAUUCCAACUGAUAAAUCUCUAGAGGAAGAUGCUAAAAUUGAUCAAGAAAAGGAUGUUUUUAAUUUCUCUACAUCAUCGGAUGCUGGUAAGUCUCCUCUUAAAAAACACAAAAAAAGGAAAUCUGUUAUGCCUAAUAGUAAGAAGCGUAGUGUAAAUAAGCAAUAUGAUGUUGAUAAAAAAUUAUCAAAAAGAAUGAGCAAAAGAAAUUCUAAGCCAGAAGUGAACCAAGAUGAAGUUCCUGUAGUUGCACAUGCUCGCAAAAGUAUUCUUAAUUUGAAUAAAGAUAAUUGCCCAUUACCGUUGAAAUCUAACAGAAAAUCUGUUAGGUUCACUUUAGUAGGCAUUACACCUCAAGAUGAGAUAAAUCAUCCUGAUUGUGAUUCAUCCAAUGAAAUAAAUGUAACUCCAGAUAAUGAAGAAUCUAAUGAUAUUCAUAAUAUUGAAAGUGAAUCGUCUGGUAAUUCUUUAGGUAAAAGAUUAAGUAGUAAGAAAAAAUAUAUCUCAGCUCGUUCAAAUUCCUUAAAAGCUACUGGAGACAUAGUCAAGCGCUCUAGUUCUAAAUCAAAGAAAAGCAGAAAGCGUGAUUCUCUGGAAGAUGUUUGUGAAUCGGACUGUAGCCCAACAAAAAAAGUGUUUCAAGAAUCUAAGGAGGUUCCGCCCCAAAAUACUGAAAUAUGUAAUAACUUAAGUUGUGAAAAGCAGGAGCAAAAUAAGGACUUUACAGAUAAAUUUGAACUACUUCAAGGUAAAACUGGGUCUGUUUCUUCUGAAUUACCUGAAGAGAAACCAAUUAACACAAAAAAAGAUGAAAUUGAAAAAACAGAUACUAAGAAUGUAAAAAGGCCGUUUUCAGGGGUAUCUGAACGCAUAAGUAAUAAGAAGCAAUCGAUAGUGGAUGAUCUUUUCCCUUCUAAAACAGAAGAAAUGAAGCCAGUUAAUGUGAAAAAAGAAAAAAAUUCUUGCAAAAAACUUUCUGAACUAUCCUCAGAUAUAGAUGUUAAUAAAGUAAAAAGACCUUUUUCAGGUGUAUCUGAGCGUGUGAGUAAUAAAAAACAAUCAAUAGUGGAUGAUCUCUUUCCUGAACUAGAUGAUGCAAUUUGUGAAAUUGUUGAUAAGAAGAUGGAAACUUCUUUAAAAAUGAGUGAAGAUGGUCCAAAUAAGAUAUACAGUAUAAAGGAAGCAGGAAAAUCUAUAGACUCUAAUUGCAACAAAGGAGAUUUAGUGACUCCAAAAACAUCCAAACAAAAAAGUGACUGUGGAAAGAAAAAAAAUUCUAAAAAGAAGAAAGCCUGUCCUAGGCAAUCUAAAGAUAAAGAAAAUACCCCAAAUAAUGCUGAAAGAUUUUUUAAACUGGAUGUGCUGACUAGUGACAACAAUUUACCAUUUGGAUCCAAGGAGUCUGCAGAAAAGGUAGUUCCGCUGAAAAAAUCUAAGAAAAAAAAGGAAUCAACUUGUUUGCUUCAGAAUGAUUUAAAAACUGAUGUUCUUAGUUCUGAAAAUGCAAUAGUGCCAGAUGAAGUAGCUAGUGGCCGUCCUAGAAGAAACAGACCAGUUAUAAGUUUAAAAGAACCAAGUAUUAAUACUAAAAUGAGAAGAGAAUAAAUUAAAAGACACCUGAGCUAGAAUUUCAUGCACCGGGGAAAAUAGCAUAUUUAUAUUCAAGAUGCUUUUCUGCUGUAUAUAUAUUUCAUAUUAUCAUUCUAUAUUUUAUUGUAAAUGUGUUUGUUUAUUUUGAUGUCUGCAAAAUAAUUUUUAGACUUUUAUAUAAUUUUAUUACCCAUUAUUUUUGAUGUCUUAUUAGAAUUAAUUUUUUGCUAUCCAACCAUGAAGUUGUAUGCAAUUAAAUUUUUUCGAAUAAAUGACUUU